AUGUUUUUUGAAUACCUAAUUCUAUUUCUAGCUGUAUAUUUUCUGUUACCACGAAGGAGAGAACGAAUCCCAAGAAAAAGCUUGAAAGGGCUUGUGAGAUUUGUGGUUGAAAAGUUCAAAGAUAAAAAAAAUUGCAAAUCUGAAAAUUUGGCUGAAAACUUGGCUGAAAAUUCCCCCUAUUGCUGUGAUUCAUGUAUAGAAUUGAUAAGGAGGUUUGAUCGAUUUUGUACAAUUUUUCAAUUGGGAAAUUUUGCUAUUCCCAGCCAUUAUGAAGACCUGAAAAACGCCAAAUUGGAGCUUUUAAAAUGCAAAGAAGCCCUCUGGAAAUUGGAUUUUUCUCUGGAUAAUUUCAAUGAUUACCAACAAGAAAUUUUCAAAAAAUUAGAGAAAAAAUGUGGAGAAUUGGAUUUCGAAAUGGAAAAAUUGCUGAAAAAUCUCGCUCUUCCCGUUCCCGAUAAUUUCGAAAAUGGUAUAGAUAAACAAUUGAAGUUUUCUGAAAGUGAAAAACCGGAAAAUCAGAAUUAUUUCAUUUUCGACAAUUCCGAAAUCUGGAAAAAUUAUUCAACUGAUAUAGAAGCUUAUUUUUAA